CCCUGAUCUGUCAGCCGGCUGGCGUGGCGCCUCCCCUCUCCUCUAUAAAUGUAGGAAAUCUAUUCAUUCCUUUCACACCGAGCCUGCUGAAGUAAGAGGGACUGCGUGGCUCCACGGGAUGUGUUGACAGACUAGAAUUCCGUCUUUUGGUUGAUCUUAUUCCCUCGCUAAUUUGCGGCUGUAUUCGAGUAGCUUUUACCGUAUUAUAGUGCUGUGGUUUACUCUCAACUACCUCCUGCUACCAGUAACGAAAUUAUUAGAUUUUUUUUCGUUGCUUCUGUCUCUGUGCCGUUGGUUAGCUAAGAUGAAGGCUGUUACUCCAGUCCACCCCCAGGACUCCUCCUCCAGCAGUAGCCAGCUCUCCCUGCACUAUCUGUCGAAGCAGAGCUUCAACAUCGCCCGGUGCAGGAUGGAAGAGGAGGACUUGUUCUGCCUGCAGUACGACAUGAACGACUGCUACAGCCGGCUGAAGCGCCUAGUGCCCACCAUUCCACAGGAUAAGAAAGUCAGCAAAGUGGAGAUCCUCCAGCAUGUCAUAGACUACAUCCUGGACCUGCAGCUGGCCCUGGAGACGCACCCUUCUCUCCAUAAACAACAGCCACAGCGGACCGGGACCUGUCCUCCCCCAUCCUCCAACCCCAGUCGGACACCGCUGACGGUGCUCAACACUGACCACCACCAGAGGGUGUCAAUAGUCAAAAAGCCGGAGGACUCUAUUUUAUGCCGCUGAGAUAUAAGCACUGCAUUGGUGUGUAGGCUGCACAGAGCCGCUCCAAAGCCAGCAAAGCUUCGCCAGGGACUCACACCCAACUGGAGGCACAAUCACAAGGGGAUUUCAAAACGGCUGGGAGGAAUUCAACCCAAAUAAAAUCACUAUUCCUAUUAGCUUUUUUUUGUUGUUCCAUUGAGCAAGGAGUCCGUUUGUAGACAUCUCCUGCUCUUUUCUCCUCUUUGUGUUGCUCUAACUUUACUUUUACACUUUUUUCUGAUUAGAGUGAAAAUAUGGAAUACCCACUUUGACAAGUGUUUGUUGGAAUCCCGUCUGUCAACAGCUAUGAAACCUGUUUGUGAAUUGUGCUUAAAGAAUAACUAAAAAUGACUCCAGUUUAAAGCUUUACUAAACUGCGAAAAUCAUUGUACAUUUUUUUUGGGCAUCUAUUGUUUAAAAUAGAUGAUUUGUGUUUAACAGGGAUGUCAUCCCUGGAAUUAUAAAAUGUUUGAUAUUGUAAAGAACAAUUCUGAUUCGAGACAAUUAAGAAUGUACAUAUAGAGACACAAAUGUUCUAUAAAAGUAUGUGAAAGGAAGACUUAUAUGCUUAAAAUAGACUAUUGUAAUUAUAAGAUAUUUUUAUUAAAACCUUUUUUUGUCGUUAUGUAAAUAUUGUGUUUUAACUUUUAAGUCUUUAGUGAAUGAACGUGGUUAUGCUCUGCCAAUAAUGUCCUCACAUGAUGAUAUCAGUUAACUCUUUGCAGUGUUUUUGGAAUAGUUGAAUAUGUAGCAUGUCAGGCUCAUUGCAGAGAUAUUGAAUGUGCACUGAAGUAGCCCUCCCUGUGUAGAUAUGUGGUGGAGUUCAACACAAGUUCUUUUAUUAUUUGCCCUGCUCUGUUUUCUCUUGAAUUCUUUUGUACUCAUUAACUACGAUCACUUCGACCCGCUUGAAGCAAUGGGUCGCUGAGCUGUUUGAUCUUUAAAAAAAAAAAAAAGGCCGGAUUUGAUUCAGUAACUUUGCACUCUUUUAAAAAAAACAUCUUUACAGUUACAGCACUUCUGACAGUGUUUAAAUUACCCAAAAAAACACUGCAAAACAAUGUCUCUGUUAGGUUUGUGCACUCAGAGCUUCUCUUUGAGAAGAUCAUGAUUAAAACCAUCAAAUCAUUUAAUUUUGGUCACUAAUUGAUGAAAUAUGUGAAUAUUAACUGGCUCAAUCAAUUGUAUUCAGACAGGCAAUGUCUUUAAGUAGAUAUUAAAUGAGUCAGCAGCCAUUGUUAAUGUAAAGAAUUAAAAAGAAUUUAUUUUUCAUGACAUCGAACACCGAAUUUACCUCACCACCCUCCUGCCAGUGUGAGAGGGCACUUGUACAUUACUGUCAGCUGCACUGUUGGACUUGACCUUCACUGGCUUGUCAGGAGUUGUCAAAACAAUUAAAGUUUCCAGGAAGAAA